GGUCUUAUCAAUGCUGGGAAGUUCCUCUUUUUCUGGGCUCAACUAUCUUGCCUGACGCAUGUUCGAACCCUCACGGAAGUACUGACGUGUUCAACACCAAGAGGGGCUAGUUUAGCUAGCUAGGUAGAGCCGGGUAGUGACACAGCGGCCGUAUCAGAAUGUCAGAAGGGGACAGUGUUGGGGAGUCAAUCCAUGGGAAACCAUCUGUAGUUGCUGCCUUUUUCACACGGGUUGGCCAGGUCUAUCAGUCAUGGCUAGACAAGUCAACGCCAUUCUACGCGAUGCGAUGGGUAGGCACUGUUCUACUUGCUGCUGUCUACAUGAUCAGAGUGUACAUACUACAGGGCUGGUAUAUAGUAACAUAUGCUUUGGGAAUCUACCAUCUCAAUCUGUUCAUUGCUUUUCUAUCGCCAAAAGUGGAUCCUUCAAUGCUUGACGAAGAUGAGGGUCCAUCCCUUCCCACCAAGCAGAAUGAGGAGUUCCGCCCUUUUAUCAGGAGGUUGCCUGAAUUCAAAUUCUGGCAUUCAGCAACAAAAGGCAUCGUCAUCGCUAUGAUUUGCACAUUUUUCGAUGCCUUCAACGUGCCAGUGUUCUGGCCUAUACUUGUAAUGUACUUCAUCAUGCUCUUCUGCAUCACCAUGAAGCGGCAGAUCAAGCACAUGGUGAAGUACAGGUACCUACCAUUCACACAUGGAAAGAGGACAUACAAAGGCAAGGACGACACAGGGAAACCGUUUGCUAGUUAAAAAACUCCCACCUACCCUUCCCCUCCUUCUCAUUUAAAAUGUAUCUGUCACAGCCAAUGGGGAGUGACACAGGUUAGAGAUUUCUAUUCUUUUUUUUGUAAGAGGGACAGUAACAUGAAAACAUGACAUGAAAAAAAACAAGUUUUGAUCCAUGGUUCACAGUGUUGGAUAAGGAUAUGAGCAGCACAGAUCAAAUGAUUCUGGGGAUAUUGCCUUUUCUUUCAAGGGGUUAGGAUUUAUUUUCUUUUUUUUAGGACCAAAAUCCUAUUUAUAGGAUUGGUCUGCGUUUGUUCCGUAGUAGGUGAGACUCUGUGCUGCCUUUCGACCUUUUUAACCCCAAGGGGUAAGUAUAUAGUCAUCAAGAAGGAACCACUCUCAAAAUACGUGCGGUGGGAUUUGUGAAUUUUUUCUUUUUUUUCUUUUUUUUCUCAUUUUCAAUGAUGGGGAUUCUAGUAUAAUUCCUUCUCUGAAGUGAAAUAAAUCUGCCAACUUUUGAUUAAUAUAUUGGUACCGACUUAUUUGUAACACAUUAUACACUGAAAGUCAGUAGUGUCGAUAGAAGAUAACACGAUUAGAUAUUUAAGAUGAAACCCGAAGGAAAUGACAGUCUUUAAGUUGUCCUCUGUACUAAAAAAUAGACAGAUUGGAGAUUCAGUCAAUAUUUACUUGGAAAUGCAUUCAAGACAGGCAAUGAGGUGUACAUCAACAUCAUUCAUCAGUUCAAAUAAAAACACUCAGUUGUGUUUAUUUGGGGUUCAUGGUCAUUUGUAAAUGCAUCUGUGUAUAUCUGGAUCCUAAAGCAAGCUUUCAGAUGGUUGAUGGUCAAUGACCUCAUUUACAUUUUCAGCCAAACAACACUUCAUUGAAUGCAUUAUUUGCAGUGAGUGUCACUAACACAAUCAGUUUCGUCUCCUGUAGCGUACAGUCAUAAUCAAUUUUCCUCUUCUGCGCCUAGAUCGAGUUUAACCGAUGGGAUUCUUUGUGCUUUGCCACCCCUGUGAACCAAAUUUCAAAAUAAUUUUAUGGGGACAUUUAGCCGAUGACGAGUCAAUUUCCAAACUUUACCUCUGAUCAUUGAUGUGUACAGAUUUAAACAUGCACUGUGUUCAAAGAGCAAACCAGUAUUAGAGUCCAAUUUAUAACAGGGUCUGAAGAACGAGCAAUUUCAUAGUACCCAGGUGGCCUUUGCUCUUUGAAACAUUUCUCCAUCUUUGUUUCAAAGGCUGGGGUCUUUUUGAUUUGUGUAGUCUAGCUGUUGUAGUCCUUAACAAAUCUGUGUAUACUUUGAAAAAAAACAAACAUGGAAAAUAUAUAGUCAUUCCAAGCAAACUUUUGUUCUCUUUCUUUUUCAGAGGAAACAUAAGAAAACAGAGAUUGAAAGCUUUUAUUGUAAGAAAUGGAUGAAGUGGGUGGCGAUCACAAUUUUUUUUUUCUAUUCCUGUUAAUUUUUUUCUUCAUUUUUUUUUAUCAGAAUGCUGGGGAUUUUCUGUCAUCAUAAACUUUGAUCAGCACUGUUGUAAGGGAUCAAAACAUUUUCUGUACAAAGUUUGUGUUACAAAGGAUUGUCUGGAGGAUUUGUGUGUAUAUAUAUAUUUUAAACUAUGAAAAAAUUUUGAGAUUAUUUUUAUUUUUGUUUUUUCUUCCAACCACCAUACUGUGUCCAAGUGUUUAAAUCCAUCUCAAUUGAAAUGAAUGAAAGCAGAACUGAUAAAUUUGGUUUCUUGAUUUGAUCAAUUAAACAUGUUUCUCAUGGAUUGCAUGUUAUUGUUUUCUUGUGCUAAAGUUAUAAACAAAAACUUGAUUUUAAUAACUUCAGUGUAAUUUUUCACUCCAAAUGCUAUUAAAGAGGCUGUAUCCCUUCAGAAAGUA